AUGCUUCUGCCGCCCAACGACCUGAGCUUUCAGACGCUGGUCAACUUCUUCUCGAGCUGCCGGAAACUCCUGGGCAAUGCUCGCAAGGGAGGAGAUGUCCGCAGUCAGCAUGUCAAGCGGUUCAUAGACGUGAACAUCGACAAGGAAUCCCACCAGGCUUUUGCGGUAUUCCGGCUGAUUCUGCCGGCGGUGGGUGCUGGCAGCGCGGUGCUGCUGGACAACAAGCGUGGCAACUACAAGCUGCUGGAGUCCAACCUCAUCAAUGUGCUGCUUAAGGCGGCAGGCAUUGACAAGAAGUCGAAGGAGGCCUCCACCAUCCGCAACUGGAAGCGGCCGGGGUCCAAGAGUGCAGGGGACUUUGCCGCUGUCCUGCAGGAAAACAUCUUCAAUGUGUACUGCAUGAUUGACCCUACCGAUGGCACCGGCAGGCUCAAGACGCUCAAGGUGGGCCAGCUGAACCAGGCACUGGACAAGCUUGUGGAGGCGGCUGGCAACUUCAAUGAGCAGGCCAAUAUACUGAGGGGGCUCAUGCAGGUCACCUCACCCGACCAAAUGGCCUGGAUUGUCCAAAUUAUCCUCAAGAAUCUCAAGAUCAACGUUGGGGAGGGCAAGGUGCUGAAAACCUGGCACAAAGACGCGGAGACAUACUACAAUCAGAGCGGCAUGGAUUUGGAGCACAUCUUCAACGAGAUGGUUGCCACCAGCGAAAAUUAUGCCACUAGCAUACAGCCCGGCAAGGCGGUGCGGCCCCAACUGCUGAAGAUGACUGGCAGUGUGAAGUGGGCAUUUAGCAAGGCCAUGCACGACGAGGAUGGGAAGCUGAAGGAGUUUGUGGUGGAGAUGAAGCUGGAUGGCGAGCGCAUACAGGUGCACCGCGGCCCCCGGGACGAAAUCUCGUACUUUUCGCGUCGGGCCAUCGAGCAUGGCGAGAAAUCCAACUACAGCGUGGUGGACGACAUGAUCCGGCGAUACACGAGGGGCCCAUGCGUACUAGAUGGCGAGCUGAUUGUGUGGAACAAGAAGGAGCAGGUGUUUGAGCCCUUCGGAAGCCUUAAGCCACUCAUUAGUGCCAUCCUGGAGCAGAAGCACCGUGGCGAUGUGCUCGAUUUUAAUGAGAUGGAGGAAGAUGCUGCCAUCCAUGAUGAAGACUACAAGGCACCGCAGAUAGGGGACCUGGAGCUGGUGUAUGUCACGUUUGACAUACUGCACAACGGCAAGGGUGGGGUGAUUGACAUGCCGCUGAGGGAGCGUCACAAGAUGCUGGAAGACAAGGUUGUGCCAGGAAUUCCAGCAGACAGGACACACUUUGGAUCCAUCCUCGCCUCUCGCACCGGCCGCACGGAGGAGGACAUUUCUCAGAUGCUCCAGGAGAUUGUGCGCCUGAGGGAGGAGGGCAUUGUCAUCAAGGCCCUGGACAGUGUAUGGGUGUCCAAUGACCGGCACUCAAACAACUGGCUCAAGGUGAAGCCUGACUACAUAGCAAACAUCGAGCUUGACUGCUUGGUGAUUGGGGCGUGGGGGGGCAAGGGAGGGCGUGGCGGGCACUACACGCAGUACCUGCUGGCCCUGGCAGACGACCCACCAGCUGGCCAGCAGGUGGGCACUGGUACGGACAGAAGUGAAUGGGAGGCGGUGCACCGGCAGAUUGAGCCGCUGUGCAUCGAUGCCAGCAAGCACCCGCCGCCGUGCUUCUACAGCGUCACGGGUCGGGAGAAGCCUGAAGUGUGGAUCAGCGACCCGAAGGAGAGCGUGGUGGUCCAAAUCAGUGCCGAUCUGCGGACUAUUCGCUCUACACAGUUCAAAACGGGCUACUCGCUGCGGUUCCCAAAGGUCCACUCUGUCAGGUGGGACAAGACGGCCACCAUUGUCAGCAGCAUUAAAGAUUUGCAGGGAAGGGUGGAGGAGCAGAAGAAGAAAGAUGAAAACAUCGACUGGGUGAAGGGACAGGAUGGCGACACUGGGAAGAAGCGCCGCACCACCAAGCGCGACAAGGGGCCGGCUGCCAAGCGCCUGCGGGGCCGCGAGGUGGUGGAGGUGGAGAGCAGCGUGCUGGAGGGCUGCCACAUUGCCUUUGCCAACUAUGGAGAACACAACAAGCGGCAGCUGGAGGAGAUCGUGAAGAAGUUGGGGGGCGAGACGCGUUUCAUGUUUACAGAGGGCUCUGGUGUCACCCACAUUCUGGCUGGCCGUGAGGAUAACAAAGUCAAGGCGCACAAGGAGCACGACCGAGACGUGAUCAGCAUUGACUGGUUGGUGGCGUGCGAUCGCCAGAAGCGCCGCGUGCCGCUCAGGCCUCGCUACUACAUCCACAUGAGCCGCGCCAACCUCAUCGCCAAUCCGGAUGUGGAUAGCCUUGGCGACUCCUAUAUGUCAGAUGUGGACGAGGGAGAUGUCGACAACCUGCUGCACCGCGCAGUGCGCCCCGGUGCUGUGGAUCCUGCCGCAUUGGCGGAGGGGCUGGCGCAUCCCUCAGAGUUUGAGGACAGCAACGAGGAGCAGGUGGCAAAGGCACAGCGCCAACUGACCCGGCGGCUGGGAAGCGCGGAUGCGGGUCGUGCGGUGGGUUCCUACCUGGACGCACAGCUGGCGGCCAUCGGGCAGCUUGACCCCCGCUUUUCCUGCCUGCGCCCCUUCAGCGCCGUGCUGCUGCGCCUGGGAAAUGGCAAGGCCAUCAGGCAACCUGAUGGUGACAGCCAGCGCCGGCUUGUCCCCAGUGUCCAAUCCAUCUUACUGGCGGGUGCCGCGUCGCAAGCGCGGCUGCAGCAACUGCAGGCAGCAGCUGUGGCUGCGGAGUUCCGCAUCAUGGGCGGCGCACUGGCAGUGGCGCUGGGGCAAAGCGUGACGCACGUCUUGGGGCUGGUGUUGGCCAGGGCGCCUUCGGUGGUGGCAACCGAUGAAGGCAGCUCAACAGGAGCAGCAUCGGCGGUGGAACCGCAGGCACUGCUGCGUGCUGUGGAUGACCAGGCGGGAGGGCCACCAGCUGUUGCCCUCUUGAAGCUGGGGCUGGCCACGGGCAGCAUACAACUGGAGACCGACAGAUGGGUGCACCGCUGCCUGGACGAGGCAGAGAACAGAGCGGCAGCGGGGCAGAUGGGCACGGCCAAGCUUCCGCCUGAAGCAGCCUUCUUGCUGGACGUGGCCAAUCUCGACAACCCUGAUGGGCACCUGCCGCAGCCACCCAAGCGAAGAUAG